AUGGCGGCUUCAAAGUUGGAGUACUUGAAGAAAUACAUGGAUGGAGGUGGGGAAUCGAACAACAAGAAAGUUCGAAAAGUUAAACGAGUGCAUAAAAGAGCCAAUGUGAAAAUUUUCGACACAAAUGUCGAUCUGAAGGAUGUGAAAGCAGGCUCAGACUCCGACGGGCCCGUGUUGGGAGACAACAGGGAAGACGCUCCCGAAGUUGCUGAAAUUAUCGAUGAACGGCCACCCGAGACGAGGGGUUUCAAAAAAACUUUCCAAGACGCCAGGAAAUCUCGGGACUCUGGGAGUGAAAAUGAGGGUCCACCACGCCAUAGGAAACGACGCGACUCGUCUGGAGACGAUUCACCACCGCGGAGACCCUCAGCGAAUCGAAGUAACUCAUCCGAUGAGAGCCCCCCGAGACGGCGACCGAGAGGAGAUCGAAACAAUGGCGGGGAUUCCGAUGAGAGUCCCCCGAGGAGGUCGAGAGGCGCAAAGUCAGGUAGAAGCUCCGAUAUCGACAGUCCGCCACGGCGUCCUCGGAGACGCGAAGCUGUCGACCGCGAGAUAGUUGCGUGCGAGGUCGUCGACGGACCGCAGGUUCUAUCGUUGCGCCGAAGCGGCAAAAAUGAGGAGGAGGCCGCGGCGAAACGAGAGCAGGCUGAAAAGGAAGCGCGACGGAAGGCUGUCUACGACCAGUGGAAAUCUGGGAUCGUGCAACAGCAACAGAAGCAGUCGUUGGUGGAGGACAUCGUGAAGGAAGCCAAUAAACCUCUGGCGCGCGCCGCAGACGAUGCCGAUCUGGAAGAACGAUUGAAAGCGGUAGCCAGAGAUGGUGAUCCUAUGCUUGCCUUCUUGAAGAAGAAGAAGUCAUCCCAGGCAGGACCGAGCAGACCCCGGUACAGUGGACCUCAACCCCCUCCGAAUCGCUACAAUAUAUGGCCGGGAUAUCGCUGGGAUGGGGUGGAUCGCUCUAACGGUUUCGAAGCGAAGAUGAUGGCGAUGAAGAACGAGAAGAUUGCCAACGAAGAAGCAGCCUACAAGUGGAGCACAGAGGACAUGUGA